AUGCCACCGACGCAGUCGCAUGAUGUUAUGAGGACCUAUCGGGCCAGAAAGGACGAAGCUCGCAUUGCAGUCAACUCCAAGUAUCAUAUAUUAGGAUUUAUAUCCUCAGGGACAUACGGUCGUGUUUACAAGGCUCAGGCAAAAGACACCAACGGUACUAUUGUGGUCACCGGUCCUUCAGCGGGCGUGUAUGCUAUAAAGAAAUUCAAGCCAGAUAAGGAAGGAGAAGUGGUCACAUACACAGGAAUCAGCCAAAGUGCCUGUCGCGAGAUUGCGCUUACAAGGGAAAUGCGACAUGAAAAUGUCAUAGUGCUUCGCGAAGUAAUGUUGGAAGACAAAUCCAUAUUCAUGGUCUUUGAGUAUGCUGAACACGAUUUUUUGCAAAUCAUCCAUCACCAUUCACAGACGUUGCAUCAAGCAAUACUAUUACCAAUAUUGAAGUCGUUCAUGUAUCAACUACUUAAUGGACUAUUGUACCUACACAACUCUCACAUCAUGCAUCGUGACCUCAAGCCUGCCAACAUCCUCGUUACUGCUGCGCGGCCAAUGCCUGCCACAUCUACAGGCAGUGCGGUACCAAUCACACAAGGUGGUGUUGUCAAAAUAGGUGACCUGGGACUAGCCCGGUUAUGUCGAUCGCCGCUUCAACCAUUACUCUCGGGCGACAAAGUUGUGGUCACUAUCUGGUAUCGUGCCCCGGAGCUUUUGCUUGGGGCCCGCCAUUACACCAAAGCGAUUGAUUGCUGGGCGGUGGGAUGUAUAUUCGCGGAGCUAUUGGCACUUCGACCCAUCUUUAAAGGGGAAGAAGCCAAACUAGACGCGAAGAAAAACGUGCCCUUUCAACGCGAUCAACUUACCAAGAUAUUCGAUGUGCUUGGAACGCCUACAGAGCAAAAUUGGCCUGGGCUUACCUCAAUGCCUGAGUACAAGAACUUCAUAACUUGCGACCGUCAAGAGAAUAAGCUUUCCCAAUGGUACCGGCAAAGAUCUCGUAACCUUGACUGUGGGUAUGAUCUUAUGUGCCAGCUGUUUGAGUACGAUCCUGCACGACGAUUGGAUGCUCGGGGCGCCUUGUCCCAUUGGUGGUUCCAGGAAGAACCUGUUCCAACUGUGAACGCAUUUGCUCACCUUCCUGAUGGAGUCUCAUAUCCGCUCCGUCGUGUCACCCAAGAUGAAGCCCCUUUAACGAAUGCACCACCGGCACUUACGGCCGGGCAUGUUGCUGAUUCCAGACCGGGAAGUAGCUCUUACUUAAUCAGCAGGAUGACUGGGGCUGCCGGCCAAGUUCCCGGUCAUCAGCCACCCAGAAAGAAGAGUCGCAUGGAGUGA